AUGCCAACCGCCACAGUCCUCAUGGCGCGCCGGCUGCUGCCACUGCUUCCACUUUUGACGCUGGCGAAGGAUUGUGAGGGCACGGAGCAGUGCUCCCGCAACGCGGGGAACAACCUGCUGCAGUUCGUGUCUCGUGUCAAGCAGCAAGAGAACUCCUCGCAGCUGUCCUGCAGCCCGUUCACGACUUGGCCGGAAGUGGACCAGAAAGAUGGAGAGCUCAUCGUGUGCUUCAUGGCUGCAGAUUCAGCCCGACCAGAGAGCCUCAUCCACGUCAUAAGGCCCACCCUGCCGAGCCCUCGUGAAGACUGCCACGUUCAAUCGUUGCGACCAGUAUUGUGUGCCAGCUUCGGGCACCGCUGCGUGGCGGCGGCCGAGGAGGAGAACGAGAACUGCGCCGUCAAGACGUCCCCGGCGGAGGAGAUCACCGGCACUUCGGACAUGUUGUGCACCUGUGAGAAGGCCGUUCCUGUGGACUGCUUUCAGUCUUUAGAGGGUGUCCCCGUGGAUGAGGGUGGCUCCGUGGGGAUGGUGAAGACGGGUUCGCAAAGCACCUGCGAAGAGGAAUUCUUGGAAGAGUGGCUCGGCCAACCAUCGGCGAGCACGGGAGCGACCGGUGAGACCGGUUUCGUCCGCGAAGGCAAAGACAUCAUCAAGAACAUCAAGAACACCCUGAGGCCGGACACCAUCGGGCUCCAAGAGUGCGACGAGCCCAGCCAGAUUGCGUCCGGCACCGUGGCACCGGGCGGUGAGGAAGCCUCAGAGUUCAAGGGCGCGCAGGGCAUUAUGAAGCGCAAUGGUCGCUUCAGGGCUUCCAGCAGUGGCAGCCGGGACUUGGAAGCCGCGGGCAAGUGGGGCACGAGGUAUGUGACCUGGGCCACUUGGGCGGAUGAUGCUUCUGGGAAGUCCUUCUGGCACUUCAAUACGCAUUGGUGCGUGCACAGCGGGCGUGGAAGAACCUGCAACGAGGAGGUUAGAUAUCGCGGUGCCAUCAAUAUGGUUGACGCGAUCCGCAGCAUCGCGGGCGACGCGCCCGUGGUGGUCACGGGGGACUUCAACGCGCGGAUCGACGAGAAGGGACCAAAGCACUUCUUACAAUCUGGAUUCCAACUGGCAGUCAACGAUUGGGUAGAUUGCAUCUUCUACUCUCACCACUGGAGCCUUUUGUCUUCUGGCACUGGUUCCAAAUCUGGGAGCGAUCACAACCCGGUCUAUGCGGAGCUGCUGUUGAAGUGA